GCCUGAGGCGCUCCGGGGACGAGGCGCCCCGCGGCGCCGGGGCCGCGCUCCAGUUCCUCAUUCGCCCGGCGGGGCCGAAGCUCCCGCUGAGCUCCGCGCCCGGCAGCGAUGAUGGACCGCGACCGCAACAAGACGCUGCUGCUGGAGCUGCAGAAGGCUGCCGGCACCGGGAACGGCCGCUGCGCCGACUGCGGGGAGCCAGAUCCAGAGUGGGCUUCUUACAAACUCGGCAUAUUCAUCUGUUUGAAUUGCUCUGGAAUCCAUCGCAAUCUUCCUCAAAUCAGCAGGGUCAAAUCCCUUCGGCUUGACUUCUGGGAGAACGAUCUCAUAGAGUUUAUGAAGAAGCAUGGGAAUCUCUGUGCCAAAGCUAAAUAUGAGGCGAAAGUCCCUCCCUACUAUUACGUUCCUCGGUCCUGUGAUUGCUUGGUUUUAAGAGAGCAAUGGAUUAGAGCUAAAUAUGAGCGUGAGGAAUUUGUUGCCACCCGAGGCUGCCAAGAUCCUUGUUCUGCAGGGAGCCGUGAAGGAUUCCUGUGGAAGCGGGGCCGGGAAAGCAGACAGUUCCAGAAGAGGCGGUUUGUCCUGUCAGCAAGGGAAGGGGUGAUGCAGUACUACACCAAAGAAUCCAGAGGUCCCAAAGCCAUUAUCAGCAUUGGGAGUCUGAAUGCAAUGUUCCAGACAGAGAAAAUCCAACAUGCUCAUGGGCUGCAGAUCACAUACAACACAGAUGGUCAAACGAGGAACCUUUUUGUCUAUCAUGAAAGUGGAAAGGAGAUUGUUGACUGGUUCAAUGCCAUUCGGGCAGCACGUUACCACUAUCUCAGAACAGCCUUCCCAGCUGUCCCUGAGCCUGAGCUCAUACCCAGGAUUACAAGAACUUAUGUCAAAGAAGGAUAUAUGGAGAAAACAGGACCAAAACAGAAGGAGGCCUUCAAGGUGCGCUGGUUCUGCCUGGAUCCUCAAGAAAGGAACCUGAUGUACUUUAAAAAUCCACUGGAUGCAUUUGCACAGGGCCAGGUUUUUAUUGGAAGGAUGGAUAAGGGAUAUGAAGUACGAGCUGGCUUGCCCCAAGGAGUCCGGGUGAAGAAGAGGAAACCAGCCAUCACUGUGGUCACACCAAUGAGAGAGUUUGUGUUUCUAUGUGAGAAUGACAGGGAGCAGAAGGAGUGGAUAGAUGCCUUAAAUGGAGUUAUUGCCCAGCCUUUGACUGAUUAAGACCAGCAUUGAGUUCUGGUGGAACUGAGUUCUGCACUUUUUAGGCUCUGUUCAGCAUUGCACUGUGGCCUCAUUCCAUUGGCAAGGAUGGUGCUCCAGGCCCUACAGGGACUUGGAUAAAGAGCUUCUCCCUUCAACAGCCACAGGCACAGGAAGGGUGGAAACAGAGAAGUGAAUAAGAGUGCAAAUAUUCAGAAACUAUCUGUGCCCCUGCAGAACGUUCCUUGAAGUGCCUUCUCUCUUCCUCCCCUUCUCUGCUUUUGAGCAGAGGAGACCGUCCUUGCCUGCCAUAGGGACGAACCAUCCACUGAUGUUUCAUAGAAAAGAAAAAUCAGUGGAGAAAGUCUGACCCUGGAAGGGCUGAUGUGUGUUUCCUUGAGACUCCUGCAGGUGGUGUUACAUCAGCGCCUCCUUUUCUUGCCUUAGUUUGCUGUCAGGACUCCUGUACAUCCCAAGGGAUGUACUUGAUGAUCCAGCCAGCAGCAUACAUCCUGCCAGUGAAGGGGUGGAUUGUUACAGGAGUACAGUGGGACAAAGACUGGGAGUCAAAGGUUCUGUGUCCCAUCAGGGAGGUGCAGGGUGUUCUGUCAGAUCUAAGGUUCAUGCUGGGGUCACUGGAUGCCCAUCUCAGGGAGGAGCAGAGUUAGGCAGCUACAUUCCACCUGGCUGCAGCUCCUGCCUGGAUAGGCACAGGGUUGUUUUCAGCAUCUUUUACAUUUCUGGCACGUUAAAAAAUAAAAGUCAGGUUUGAAUUGUG